AAAUACGACGGCGGCGUUGCAGGUGGACUGUUUGGUAAGGAUGUUCAGAGGCGCAAGGCUUUUUCCCUCGCAAUUCGGACGAUAAACGAAUGCAUUUAUAAUCGUCAAAUAUGCGAUAUGAUCAGCGAGUGCAGGAGCGGAAUAAACUGCGACGUUUUUCAUUUUAUAAAAUUUGCGGCAUUGGUGAUGGAACUCGAUGAGGAUAUGGAUAACGUUUUUAACAAAGUUGAAGAACUGUCGGGGCAUAGAAAUAAAAUUAUGGCAAAUAAUGAGGAUGGACUUUCAGCGAUCAUUGGACCGCAAAAUAAAAUUAGCGCAAGUUACAUCGAUGGUCUGUGCGAAUUACACGAUAUACCGCAUAUUGUGAUAAAUCGACAAGCGAAUCACGACAGAUCGAGGACGAUAAACCUUUAUCCAGAUCAAGAAGUAUUGUCAACAGUGUACGUAAAGGUCGUCGAGAGACUUAAUUGGACAUCGUUUUUGAUACUCUAUGAGAAUACCGAUCAUUUCUUGAACUUAAAUCAGCUUCUAAAAAUGUAUGGUCCAUUUGCAUAUCCAGUUUAUGCUAUUAGAUUGGGUAAUGGGCCGAACUACAGCGAGCCAUUGCUGAUAGCAAAAGAAAAGAAUAUCAGGAGCCUUGUAAUCGACUGCUCGCCCGAGCAUCUCUCACAAAUAUUGAAAGAAACGCAAGAAGUCGGUAUGAUGACAGAGUCGUACCAUUACUUUAUUACGUCGUUGGAUCUGCAAAGUCUCGAUUUGCGUUCGUAUCAAUUCUCAGGUGUGAAUAUAAAUGGCUUAAGACUGGUGGAUCCUGAUAAUCCUUUCGUCAAAGAAUUCGUAAGCAGUCGUUUCGAUGACUUUGAGAUUGAGAAGGUGGAGCAGCUACGGAUGUCCGACGCUUUAAUGUUCGAUGCCGUGAUCUUUUUUGCCCAAGGAUAUAAGGAUCUCGCUUACGAAUACGAGAUAACUGGCAAGAAAUUGUCAUCUAAAUAUCCCAACAUCGAACCUUGGCGUCAUGGACUUAGUUUGCGCAAUUACAUCCUAUACAAUACAGUAAACGGUUUAACAGGGCCGGUGAUGCUCGACAGCGAUGGACGCCGAAGGAGAUUUAAGUUGGAUAUUCUAAAUUUUCAUAAAUCUGGGAUUACGAAAAUUGGCACUUGGAAUCCGGAUACUGGAUUCGAUGAUCUUCACGUAAUCAAUGAAAUAAAGACGAAGCACUUUAAUGUUUUAAUUACAUUGAAUCCGCCAUAUGCAAUGAGAGUGAACUUCUCAAAGAGCUUGGAGGGCAAUGAUAGAUACGAAGGCUUCGUCAUUGACAUUAUCAAGGAACUUAGCCGAAUGAUUGGCUUUAAUUACACAUUUUACGUGCAGGAUGAUUCGCAAAAUGGCGUCUGCAAUAAAACCCUAAACGGCCAGUGCAUUUGCACUGGUAUGAUGGAAAAAAUCUUAAGCGGGAAAAUGCAAAUGGCCAUCACGGACCUGACCAUAACCGAGGAGCGUGAGCUUUGCGUCGACUUUUCCACGGCUUUUUGGAAUCUCGGGAUGAGCAUCUUGUACAAGAAGCCGAUGAAAGCUCCGCGUACCCACUUCUCCUUCCUCGCGACCUUUCACUCUUACGUCUGGAUCUACCUGGCGCUCAUCUUCAUUUUCGUCUCGCUGCUAUUCUUCGUCCUGGGCCGUGUGAGUCCUGCCGAGUGGAACAACACGUAUCCCUGCAUCGAGGAGCCCAACGAGCUGCAGAAUCAAUUCACCAUAACCAAUUCGUUCUGGUUCACCAUCGGCGCCAUAAUGCAGCAGGGCUCGGAGAUCGCGCCCAUAUCGAAAUCUACGAGAACCUUGGCUGGCUGCUGGUGGUUUUUCUGCUUAAUCAUCGUAUCGACUUACACGGCCAAUUUGACCGCGUUUUUAACUAUCGAGAGUCCCGUUAAAGUGGUUAGGGGCAUCGAGGACUUGUAUAAUCAAACGGCUAUUAAAUUUGGAGCAAAAAAGGAUGGAUCGACCUUUAUGUAUUUUCAGAGCUCGAAAAAUCCAAAGCACCGAGGACUCGCCGAAAAGAUGAAAUCGAAGGAGUGGGAAAAGUGGAUGGUGACGUCCAACGAUCAGGCGAUCCACUUGGCGAAAACGGAAAAUUACGCCUUUAUAAUGGAAUCGUCGUCGAUCGAGUACAUUCAGUAUCGAGAAUGCGACUUGGAACAAGCCGGUCCACUCAUCGACCAAAAGUCCUACGCCAUUGCUUAUGCCAAAAAUUUUGAGUACCAUCAGCAAAUAAGUAGAGCCAUUUCAGUACUUCAAGAAAAGCUUAUCAUCAUGGAGUUUUACAAUAAAUGGUGGAAGGAGAAGGGCGCGGUUUGUUUUAGCUCAAAUUCCAAUACACCAGCUGCCAUGAACUUGGAGCAACUCGCCGGGGUUUUUUCAGUUUUGGGAAUCGGCAUUGCAUUGUCCUGCGCAACGACAUUAUGGGAAUUUUGUCGCCACGUGCAGAUGACUUCCAAGAAGGAAAAGGCCAGCUUUAUAAAUAUGUUCUCAUCCGAAAUGAAGCAAAUAACAAAGUCCAAAGCCGUUAAACCAGUGCUAAGACGAAAUAAAUCAACGGAAUCAAACGUAACUGGUGGUGUCUAUUCGUGUAAUUAUACAAUGACAACUCAAGCUUAA